AAACGUUUCCCUUGUUUUCGUCUCCAAAUAGCCCCACGCAAACGUCUCCCAAUCUCCCAUCCGCGGAUCCGCCCGUCUCAACUCAGCGCCAGCCCUAGCCCCAUCCAUGGACCGCGACCGCGGUGAGGACCGCCACACCACCAACCACAGCGGCGAGGACCCCCACCGACGCCGCCGCUGCGACAGCGACGGACAUCACCACCGCCACAAGGCUCGGGAUUCCGUGGGGCGCCGCGAUUCGGCCGGCUGCGAGCCGCUGCCGCCGCCGUCACGGAAACGGAAGGACCACGACAGCGGCGAGCCCGGCCGGGAAGGGGGCAAGCGGCCUAGGGACUCAGUGGAUCCGCCUCCGCCGAAGGAGGAAAGGCCACGGCGAGAGCGCAAGCAGCUAGAGUCAGGUGCUAAUGGAGAUCCACAGCGCGCCGCACCGCCUAAUGAUGGUGCUCGGCAGCUGCUCAAUUCUGCACCUGCUGUUGCGGUGCCAUCUGCUGACCCUGUUCCUUCAAAGGUAUAUGCUCAAUUCUGCAUCUGCUGACGAAGUUACUGGAAAAUCUAGUGCAGAUGGAACUGCAAAUUCAUCCUCUGGCACAAGUAGCAACUUAAGUCUUGAUGCUUUAGCGAAAGCUAAAAAGGCUUUGCAACUGAAGAAGGAAUUAUCAGCAAAACUCAAGAGAUUACCUGUGAGUGAGGCUGCUGCCAAGAAGGUGUUCGUAGAUGCUAAAGUUGCACACUACUGGGACCUGGCUGUCAACUUCUCGGAAGAUUCGUCUUGAGCUCAAACUGGUAUUCAAGACAAUGAGAGCGAUUGCUGUGGAUCACUCUACUAUGCCAUUGAUUCGAACAUAUCAUUGUCAGACUGUUGAUCAACUGAACACAUUAAAGAGCUGUUGGAUUUUUGCAAUAUGCUUUCAAAUAUAUCUGCUAAGGCUUAUCAA